AUGUUGCCAACACAGGCUUUGUUAGCGGUAUCGCUGCUUCUCGCCGGCCCUUCGGUGGCAGCAGAUACUUGCAAGGCCCCAAUUAAUCACCCAGGAGAACCUUUCAGCAAUGUCCAACCAAAAAACACUACAAUCCUGAGUCCCUAUGGCCACUCUCCACUCAUCCUCCCCUCGCCCAACACAACCGGAAAUGGAGGAUGGGAGCAUGCCCUUCUGAAAGCUAAGAAGUUCGUGAACAAGCUUACACUGGAAGAGAAAUCCUGGAUGGCAACGGGCCAACCUGGUCCCUGCGUCGGAAACGUCCUUCCCAUUCCACGUCUCAAUUUCACCGGUCUCUGUCUCCAAAAUGGACCCCAAUGCGUGCAGCAGGGUGAUUACUCCAGUGUCUUCAUUAGCAGUGUUUCUGCUGCCGCCAGUUGGGACCGCGAACUUCUAUAUAACCGCGCACAUGCCAUGGCCAAGGAACACAAGGCCAAGGGUUCCCAUGUUAUCCUGGGACCCAUCGGAGGACCUCUGGGCCGCAGUCCCUACGAUGGUCGAACCUGGGAAGGCUUCGCUGCCGACCCCUACCUCACUGGUGUCUGCAUGGAGGAAACUAUCAACGGAAUGCAGGAUGCGGGUGUCCAGGCAAACGCGAAGCACUUCAUUGCCAAUGAGCAAGAAACCCAGCGUAACCCGACCUACGCCCCAGACGCCAACGAGACAACGUAUAUCCAGGAUUCGGUGUCAGCGAACAUCGAUGACCGCACCCUCCACGAAAUAUACAUGUGGCCGUUCGCCAACGCUGUUCGGGCGAAGGUUGCUAGUGCCAUGUGCUCGUAUAACCGUGUGAAUGGUUCCCACGCUUGCCAGAACUCUUACCUGCUUAACCACCUGCUUAAGGGCGAGCUUGGCUUCCAGGGCUAUGUUAUGUCCGACUGGGGUGCUACGCACAGCGGUGUGUCGUCUGUUGAGAGUGGAAUGGAUAUGACCAUGCCUGGAGGUUUCACUGUUUACGGAGAACUCUGGACCGAGGGAUCUUAUCUGGGCAAGAAUCUCACUCAGGCUGUGCAGAACGGUACUGUUGAGAUGACUCGUCUGGAUGACAUGAUUGUCCGCAUCAUGACUCCCUAUUUCUGGCUUGGUCAGGAAAAGAACUACCCCAGCGUUGAUUCGUCGGUUGGCCCACUGAAUGUUGACUCGCCCCCUGAUACUUGGCUGUAUGACUGGAAGUUCACAGGCGAAAGUAGCCGGGACGUUCGCGCAAACCACAGCGCCAUGAUUCGUGAGCAUGGAUCUGCCUCAACUGUCCUGCUGAAAAACGAGAAAAAUGCCCUGCCUCUCAAGAAACCCCGCAACAUCGUGAUCGCCGGUAACGACGCUGGCCCUCUCACCCAAGGCCCUGAUCUAAUGGGCGACUUUGAGUACGGUCAUCUCGCAGGAUCUGCCAGCUCUGGCUCCUGCAGAUUCUCAUUCCUGUCCACCCCACUCGACGCAAUCAGUGCCCGCGCUCGCAAGGACGGAUCCAUCGUCCAGUCCUUCCUGAACAACACCCUCCUCACCACCACGGCACUUACAUCACCACUCUGGAUCCCACAGACACCCGAUGUGUGCCUCGUUUUCCUAAAAUCCUAUUCCGCAGAAGGCGAGGACCGAACUUCGCUCGACCUAGACUGGAAUGGAAAUGCGGUUGUGGAAGCCGUCGCUAACAACUGCAACAACACCAUUGUCAUCACCAACUCUGGCGGCGUGAACGUCAUGCCUUUCGCAGACCACCCGAACGUAACCGCCAUUCUGGCUCAGCACUACGCCGGUGAAGAAUCCGGUAACGCAAUCGCAGAUGUUCUUUACGGAGACGUCAACCCAUCGGCCAAGCUCCCCUACGUAAUCGCAUACAAUGAGACCGACUACAACGCCCCCGUGACCACCGCCGUGGAAACAAACGGUACAUACGACUGGCAGAGCUGGUUCGACGAAGAGCUCGAAGUGGGAUAUCGCUACUUUGAUGCUAAGAAUAUCUCCGUCCGGUACGAGUUCGGCUUUGGUCUGAGCUACACUACUUUCGGCCUGAAGGGUCUCAAGCUGAAGGGCUCUGCCCCACAAAACAACCUUAGUGCUCUACCAGAGAAGCGGCCUACCCAGCCUGGCGGUAAUCCGGCUCUUUGGGAUACGGUGUUCACCCUUCAAGCAGAGGUUUCUAACACCGGUGACAUUGAUGGAUUCGCUGUGCCGCAGCUAUACGUUGAAUUCCCCAGCUCGGCGCCAGCAGGUACGCCCCCGAGCCAGCUUCGCGGCUUUGAUAAGGUCUGGCUUCCGGCUGGUGAGAAGAAGACAGUUUCCUUUGACUUGAUGCGCCGUGAUGUUAGUUACUGGGACGUUACUGCUCAAGACUGGCGAAUUCCUGCUGGGCAGUUUACGUUCAAGGCUGGAUUCAGCAGUCGUGAUUUCCAGGCGAAGAAGGCCGCGACGUUGAUCAAGUCAUGA